UUACAGGUGAUACUACUCUCCGUUACCACCAUGAUUUUGGCAGCCCAACUACCAAACUCAUACCUACCUCCUGGAUCAGGCAACCAUGGUUCUACCAGCAGUGGUAGACUACAAGCAGAAGCUGAAAGGAAUGCUGCUGUUCUGAAGUUAGACCAAGAAAUCAAAGGAGAUGGUUUCCGCUACGCGUAUGAAACAUCGAACGGUCUUCAAGCAGAAGAGGAAGGCAGCAAUGGUCAGAGUCGUGGAGGUUUCUCCUACACGGGGGACGACGGUCGAACUUACACGGUGACCUUUACAGCUGGAGAAGGUGGUUUCCAAGCCCAGGGUGCUCACCUGCCUGUACCACCUCCUACUCCUCAAGAGAUACUUCUUGCGUUAGAGCAGAAUGCGAGAGAUGAAGCAGCUGGAAUCUUUGAUGAUGGAACAUAUAAAGCUGAAGGCGACGACAAACAUCAAUCCAACAAGGCUUCAUCUGCUAAUCACCAAGGAAAAUUUAAUAAAAAUUCUGGCUAUACGUACUAAACAAAAGCUAC